UGCUUCAGUAUGUCUUCCCACAAGACGUUCAAGAUCAAGCGGUUUCUCGCUAAGAAGCAGAAGCAGAACCGGCCCAUCCCGCAAUGGAUCCGCAUGAAAACCGGCAAUAAAAUCAGGUACAACUCCAAAAGGAGACACUGGAGGAGGACCAAGCUCGGCCUGUAAAGA